AUUUGAAUUUCAAGAGACACAAAUAAGGUGCUGUGAGUCAUGGGAAGUUUCAAGGGCCACGCUCUCCCUGGGAGCUUCUUCUAUGUGGCAGGAAUCUGGUGGACAGGAAAGUACUCGCUGUGGCAUGCUACCCGCAAAAACAAGAACAUAGGUUCCACUCGUUUCGCCAGCAGAGCCUCACAGCAGCGCCUGGAGAUAAUUGAAAGCUCUGUCAUCCUUUUCUUCUCCUUUGUUGGAAUGUUGGCUGAACAGUUUGUAGCUGAUGGGCCAAGGCUGCAUUUGUAUGACUUUACAGAGAAACACUGGAAGUACCUGCAUAACUGGCAACACGCUACCAUGUACCUAUUCUUUGGCCUUGCAGCCACUGUCUCUCUUAUUAUCCACACCACAGAAGCAGCACCACUGGCCCUGGACAGGUUGAUGCUGUGCAUCGCUUUCUUUAAUGAAGGAUUUCUUUUCCUCUACCAUCUCCAUGGAAGGAGCAUGCUUGACGUUCAUGUACACCAGCUACUUCUCUACGCGGUCUUUGGACAAGCCCUUAUAGUCUUUAUUGAGGUCUUCCACCGAGGCAACAUAAUUCUGGAGCUGCUGCGCUGCACCCUCACACUUCUGCAGGGCUCCUGGUUCUGGGAGAUUGGCUUUGUGCUGUACCCCCCCAGCGGGCCUGAGUGGGACCUGAAAGACCACAACAACAUGAUGUUUGUUACCAUGUGUUACUCCUGGCACCUGGCCUUUUCCAUGCUUGUGGUUGGUGUGCUGUAUUGCACUGUUAGCAGUGUGGUGCGCUCCAGACUAAAGAGGACUCCUCCAGUUGAAAUGGGACUUCUGAAAACCAGAGAACGUGAUGCCGAGUCAGAGGAUGAGAUUUGAUGAAAAGGACUUCUGCAGCAACAUGACUAGGACCAUGACAC